CACGUGCGUGGGCCCGCGGGGAGGGUGCGGGGCUGGAGGUGGCGGGGCGCUGAGUCCUGCGACCUGUCAGGCCAGUACCUCAUGGUAGAUCCCUUGUGUCCGUCUCUGCAAGUAACAGGGAGUAGCAACCAUCAGAAAUCCGCAAGAAACGGAGGCCUGCAGGAGGAGCUGGACCGCAUUGAUGAAUUAGAAAGGAUCUUGGACAGCUUCGGCUCCAGCUCCAGCUUCGACUCGGAGGGCGAGGUCCAAUUCGAGGGUGAGGCCAGCGCUGCCCCUGGCAUCUUCUGCCCCUUCCAGAAGUCGUUUCAGUGCAACACGGUGCCCGUGGGUGUCCGCAUGCCCAUCCCCUUGGGCGCCUGCCCACCUGACCUGAUGCUGCCCUGGCAGCAGGUGGUGACCGCCGAGGUGGCCGAGAAGAACGCGCAGGAGCUGGUGGCCGAGGAGGAGAGAGUGAAGAGGAAAGCGGAGAAGAAGAGGCUGAAGAAGAAGAAGCAGAAGGACCGGAAGAGGCAGGAGAAACGCGAGCAGGAGCUGAGGAGCAAGCGGGAGGCUGAGUCGACUCAGCCUCCCUUGAAUGGGACCGUGGUCAUGGUCACGCUGGAAAACGGCACCGCAGGGGGUGCGCUGCCUGCUCCAACCACAGGACCCCUGAAGCCUGGCAAGGCCAUGGCUCCCCUGCCAGAGCUCCGGCCGCCCCAAGCACCCAGCAGCGCAGAUGCCAGCACAGAGGAGGAGACGGAGGACGAGCUUGACCUGAGCAGCACCUUCGUCUCUAAAGCACGGCGCAAGGUGGGCACCAGGCCGGCCACGCCACGCAGGGAGAGGCCAGCCCGAGCCAGCAACAAGGAUCUGGAGCCAGAGCCAGAGCCGGCUGCCCCAGCAGAGGUCCCGCGACCGGCACCAGACGUGAGUGCAGUGGAGCAGAGUAUGGUCCUGGCAGAGCAUGGGAACGCGGCGGCCGCGCGGGGCUGCUACGAGGAAGCUGUGUGCUGCUUCACCGAGGCCGUCAAGCUGAACCCACGGGACUACCGGCUUUUCGGGAAUCGGUCAUACUGCUACGAGAAGAUGCGGCAGCACACGGAGGCUCUGAGCGAUGCCCAGGUGGCCCUAAGCCUCCGGCCUCACUGGCCCAAGGGCUGCUUCCGCAAGGGCAAGGCCCUCAUGGGGCUGCAGCGCUACGCAGAGGCUGAGCACACCUUUGAGCAGCUCCUGCGGCUGGAUGGCUCUCACGCCGACGCGGCUGCCCAGCUGGAGAUCUGCCGGCAGCUCCGCAGCCUGGGGCAUAGCACCGGCAGCUGGUACAGUGAGCCGAGCAGUCCCAUAGAAGCCUUGCUGAGGGACAUGAGGUCCUGGUCCCUGCUGCAUGGUGAGCAGGUUGAUGCCAGCAUCCUCCCGGACAGGGCUGAGAACACAGACAGCGGUUUCGUGACCAUUGUGAACCCCAGGAACCGGGCAAAGGGGCCUGUCCGGCUGGAGGCCCCCACCCCGACCCCAACUUCCUCUCAGCUGCCCAGGGGGUGGUUCGCUGUGUGGGUUGGCAACGUCACGUCCCGCAUCACCCUGAAGCAGCUGUAUGCGUACUUUGGGCCGUUCGGGCCCAUUCACUCCAUCCGACCAAUCCCGGAAAAGUUCUGCGCCUUUGUCAACUACACGCAGCGCGAGGCAGCUGAGAAGGCUUUCGCCGCCAUGCAGGGGGCCGAGGUGGAAGGCACCAAGCUGGUGCUGCAGCUCAAACAUCCCGUGCACCGGACACCACCCGUCACCCAUGCCCAGCGGCCUUCGGCCAGGGAGCCCGUGCGCCCACCCCCCGGUCUCGAGCGCCCCCCACAGCAGAGCAGUGGCCGUGUCCAGCACCCACCCCAGAGCCAGGGGCCCACCAGGAAGCCGGGGCCACCGCGGUAGGGCCCCCCUGUGCCGGAGCACCGGGAUCCAGCGUGGGCGGGCGGUGUCGUGCUGCAGCCGUCCGAGGAGGAGGCUCUGUGCCCCGGGUGCUGCUGGGGGUGGUGCUCGGGCCUGUGCCUUAGUGUGAGCGCCCCCGCCCUGCUCCGCCCCGCCCAUGUGGCCACGCCCUCAUGCCAGCCUCAUACCAAAAAUGCCCAGGGGUGGGGCCUCACUAUCUACCUCUUGCAUUCCCAUUGGCUGAGCCCUGGGGCAGGGGCGGGGCCUGACCACUGAAUGAUUUUUAGCUCUGAGGGGAGCGGUAUUGUGGGGUGUGGGGGCCAGCUCCCGUCCCCCCUCCCCCUCGCACACAGGGCUGCCCCAAAUCGGGCGCAUCGUGCUUUUAAUGGUCCCUUCGCCGUGCUCCAGGGUCCGGGCUGCUGCUGUUGCCGGGGUGCCUGUGGGGUGGGGGCCCAGCCUUGCCUGUCUCCCGCAGGCGGUGGCUCUCCCAACCGGGUCGAGGUGGGAGCAAGGGGAUGGUGUGGCCAUGCCGCGGGGUUGGGACAGCUCUAGCCCCUGUCUCGAGGCACAGCCAGGCUUGGUGCUCUCAGGGACGUGCACCGGACCUCGGGACUGUUUUAAUAAAGCUCCUGGAAGAGCCA